ACUGGGAGACGAGCCCCGCCGGACAGAGAGACCUGUGCUACUGUACGCUGCUCGAGUCGAGGGAUCCACUGACACCUGCGAUGAGAUCCGCUCCGAACACAAGGAGGAAGGCGUCCAGGCGGACGACUCACUGAGCUGCCCUCUGAUGACUACACCCUCGCAGGUGUAGGCAGCGGGGCUCCAGUCCAUAGCCCACACCCCGUCCACAGAACCCCACGAUGGCGGCCCUCUCUGGCCCUCUCUCCCUCAGCCCGUCGCUCCAGAACCGCGCGCAGCCCCAGACACCGCAGCGCACGGGCAUGGGGGUGUACAAGGCCAGCGCCCGCAACGACUCCUACUCCCUGGCGCAGCUCAUCCGGCUCGGGGUCACCCGGGAGGCCGUCCGCGAGGUGGACAACAACGGAUGGAACUGCUUAAUGUUGGCGUGUCGUAAAGGCUUCCUGCAGAUCGUGUACGUGCUUCAUGACUGCCCCUACCUGGACGUCAACCUGCAGGACAACGAAGGAAACACUGCACUGAUGAUCGCUUCACAAGCAGGUUACGUGAGCUCUGUAAUGUAUCUGCUCAACUACUAUCCGGGCGUUGACACCGAGAUAAAGGACUGCCGAGGGUUCACUGCGCUCAUCAAGGCUGCCAUGAAAGGCCGCAAUGACAUCGUGGCGAUCCUGAUCAUGGCCGGGGCCGACAUGCACGCCGUCGACUCCACCAAGGGGAAGUGCGCCCAGGAGUGGGCCCAGACCACCGGGCGCCACGAGACCCUUCAGCGCAUCCAGCGCCUGCUGCAGCGGCCCCGGGCCGAGCAGUGCUGCCUGGACUACGGCCCCGAGGGGCCCGGGCUCCAGGCCGCCACCCCGGCGUCCGACCGCGGCGGGGAGAACCUCGCCCGGCGCAUCAAACACACGCUGGGCUGCGUCAGCCCGCAGGAGCCACGGGACGACGGCGCCCUGGACCUCAUGGUGCGCAUGACCAGCGGCGUGCGCAGCCCCCUGGUGGCCACGGCGUGCCGGCCCCUCUGCCCCAGCAGCCCCCCCCAGGUGGGCAAGCGACGGCUGGCGGUGGCGGAGCUGGUGCUGAUGCACACGGAGGAGGUGCUGCGCGACGGCGCUGUCAGCCACAGCGACGCCCCCGAGUCGCCCGACGCGUCCUGCAGCAGCUCCGAGGUGCUGCCGACCGUUUACUGUACCCGCGACGGCGAGCGGCGCGGCAGCAUCCUGUCGCUGGCCUCCACCCGGGUCAGCGCCCUGCUGCCCCGCGGCCUGGCCCGGAGGAACAGCGUGGCGCCUGCCGGCAGCAUCCCCGACAUCAGCGUCAGCCGGUCGGGGGAGGAGACGCCCAAGAAGGAGAACCUGACGGUCAACCAGAACGGCUACCUGGAGCCACCCACCUGGAAGUACAACAAGAGGAAGAAACCCAAGAAGAAGGACGACGACAAGUCGAAGGACGACGACAAGUCGAAGACUCCGUAGCGAUAUCAAAUAGAGGAGGUUGGAUCAACUGCCAAAGUAUCGAAGUCAUAAAUAACAGAACAGAACCAAAGCAUGAUACAGAACGUUUAUGUCCGUCGCUGCUGCCAUUAUUACUUUUUUCUCACAAACGGUUAUUCUCCUAAACUGGUUGGUUUCCUUGAAGAAAAAGCUGUACCACCAAAAUUCAUUUUGUACAGAUUUUUUUAAAUGUUAGAGAGCUUUAAUGUGAACUAUGACUUUCCUAUGGGACUGA